AUGCAAAAAAGCAGUAUUUUAAAAGAAGAUAUACAUACCCAUACUGAAAAGAAAUCUCAUGUAUAUGAGAAAUCACAUCAAUCAUUCAGUGGAAAGGGAAUUUUAAAAAAUCGUAUGGUUAAUCACACAGGAGCAAAAUAUCAUAUCUGUGAAGUAUGUAAGAAAUCAUUGAGUUGCAAAUCUAGUUUGAUCACUCACAUGCUUGUUCACACAGGAGAGAAACCUCAUAUGUGUGAAGUAUGUAAAAGGUCAUUUAGUCAUAAAGGUAGUUUAAAAAUGCAUAUGAGCAUUCACAGAAGAGAGAAACCUCAUGUGUGUGAAAUAUGUAAAAAACCAUUUAAUCGAAAGACUCAUUUAAACAGUCAUAUGCUUACUCACACUGGAGAGAAACCUUAUACAUGUGAA